AUUCAGGUUUUGAAUCUGCUCGGCCAACUGGGGUUGCAGAUUCAGAACUGGAAGGAAGAAUCUGAGUACAAAUGGGGCAGUGUUGCAGCAGUGCUACUACCCCGGAUUCAAACCAAGGAGGAGGAGCCAAUGGCUAUGGCUAUUCUUCACAGCCAAAACAAGCGCAAACACCCUAGUUACAACAACAACAACAACAAUGCUCAGCCACCACCACAGGGUGAGGUGAGGUACACACCGCCGGCGAUGAACGCUCCGGUAGUCCCACCAGUUGUUGCCCCCUUGAAGCCCAUGCCUGACACGAUUCUCGGCAAGCAGUUCGAGGAUGUGCGCUCUGUCUACACCCUUGGUAAGGAACUCGGAAGGGGGCAGUUCGGGGUGACGUACCUCUGCACCGAGAUUACCACUGGCAGGCAGUACGCUUGCAAGUCCAUCUCCAAGCGCAAGCUCGUGAGUAAGGCCGACAAGGAGGAUAUUCGCAGGGAGAUCCAGAUCAUGCAGCAUCUUUCUGGACAGCCAAACAUAGUAGAGUUCUGCGGAGCGUAUGAGGACAAGGGCAGCGUGCAUGUCGUGAUGGAGCUCUGCGCAGGCGGGGAGCUCUUUGAUCGGAUCAUUGCUAAGGGACACUACUCAGAGCGGGCAGCUGCUACAAUCUGCAGAGGAGUUGUGAAUGUCGUCAAUGUUUGCCAUUUCAUGGGAGUGAUGCACCGUGAUCUGAAGCCAGAGAACUUUUUGCUUGCAACCAAGGAUGAGAAUGCAGUGCUCAAGGCCACUGAUUUUGGGCUCUCAGUCUUCAUUGAAGAAGGAAAAAUGUAUAGGGACAUCGUCGGAAGUGCUUAUUAUGUUGCUCCUGAAGUGCUUAGGCGAAAUUAUGGUAAAGAGAUAGAUGUUUGGAGUGCAGGUGUUAUUCUAUACAUUCUUCUCAGUGGUGUUCCUCCAUUCUGGGCUGAAACCGAGAAGGGAAUAUUUGAUGCUAUUCUUCAAGGGGAGAUUGACUUUGAAAGUCAGCCAUGGCCAUCAAUUUCUGAGAGUGCUAAAGACCUUGUGAGGAAGAUGUUGGCACAAGACCCAAAGAAAAGAAUUACUUCAGCCCAAGUUCUUCAACAUCCAUGGCUCAGAGAAGGAGAAGCAUCAGAUAAGCCCAUUGACAGUGCUGUGCUUUCUAGGAUGAAGCAAUUCAGAGCAAUGAAUAAACUGAAAAAGAUGGCUUUGAAGGUUAUAGCUUCAAACCUUAACGAGGAAGAGAUCAAGGGCUUGAAGCAAAUGUUUAGUAACAUGGACACAGAUAACAGUGGGACAAUCACAUAUGAAGAACUCAAAGCAGGAUUAGCCAAGCUUGGAUCGAAGCUGUCAGAAGCUGAAGUAAAACAGUUGAUGGAAGCAGCUGACGUGGACGGCAAUGGAUCGAUUGACUACGUUGAGUUCAUAACAGCUACGAUGCACAGACACAAGCUCGAAAGAGAUGAGCAUCUGUUCAAGGCAUUCCAGUACUUUGAUAAAGACAGCAGUGGCUUCAUCACAAGGGAUGAGCUGGAGACUGCUUUGAUCGAGCAUGAAAUGGGUGACGCGGACACCAUAAAGGACAUCAUAUCAGAAGUCGAUACGGAUAAUGACGGGAGGAUCAACUAUGAGGAGUUCUGCGCUAUGAUGAGAGGAGGGCUGCAGCAGCAGCCAGUAAGGCUCAAGUAGAGUCCGUUUCCUUGUAGAAAAUGAUGUACUGAUAGCGAAACUGCUCUUGGUUCUUUCGUUUUUCCAUGUUAGCUGGACGGAUAAGAAGUUUUUUUGCUUUGCAUUGUUGAGAUGAUUGUGUAUAUCUUGUGACUUUUUGCUCGUUGCACGGAGUUGCGCAAAUGUUGUGGACGUACUUUGUUCUUCUGUAAGUUCGUUUUUUGCAAGUACAUCUAAUAAAAGAGUAUUUUUU